AAAUAUUUUUAUUAGAAAACAGAUGCGUGCGUCCAGCUGCUGUGACGGUGAAUGCGCAUGCGCUUAACGCGAAUCGGGUGUGGCCACAGGCACGUUACGUAAUUAAUAUUCAUGAGCCAUGACGAGUCUGGCACCGCCCCGAGCCGCUAAAAAGCCACAUUUGCGUGUAUAUAUAGUUUUAGGCCUAAUAAUUAUACUUUUAUGAUAACAAUGCUAGAGUGACUGUGGUUUGUGGAAAAUGUAGUUUUUAAUCUUUGCUAUUUCUGUAUCCGUGGACCGUGGCAACUAUUAAAAGAUUCAGACUUUGAUACAAAAGUGUCCUCUAAACUUGUAAACGUCCUGGAAAUGUAGUCACCUGCUGUUCAGCGCUAAUAUGGGCAGAACGUGACUGAUCUGAGAUCUGCUCUGAUGCGGAAAGUGGAAGUGAGGAAAACGAAAGUGAUUUCUGACACUCUGAAAGUUUGGUUCGUUACGGAGCGGACUGUGUUGUGUUCGGAGAGGUUCGAGUGAAUGGAUGUGGAUCAGUGUCCGGCCCUGCUUCACCUGUCGCUCGCGCUGUUCGCCUUCUUCUGUCCGCUCGCGCUCCUGAGAGCCGCUGCGAACAUGACUCAGUUCUGUGGGAUGAUGAAGAUGCGUCUGUCCGCGUGGAGGAUCAAGUUCAGUCAGAGGAACUGCUCAGUUCUCAGAGGCUUUCGCAGAUCUUCAGCGGCAGCAGCUGCAGCAGGGGCUGAUGGGAAGGCGUUCAGCGGUGACGUCACCGGGCUGGGUGUUCCUGUCAGUGACCUGAGGAGAGCGCCGGGGUGCAGCGGCCCGUUACCCGCCCUGAAGCCCACCGACAGCCACACGGUCCUGAUCAGGACUGAUUUGUUGCAGCCUGGUGAAGUUCCAGAGCCGUAUCCGUCUCCAGAUCAGCUGCAGGACCGCUGGGACGACACACACGUGAAACUACCCUGCUCCGAGCACAACCUGUUCCCUGUGGACCGUACGACGCUCCAGAGCCGAUGGGAUUUGAUCAAUAAAGCGCUGAGUGUCCCUUUCAGCUCCGCUCAUGAUGUGAAGGAUGCCAUAUUGAAAUAUAAUACGGGCCAAGCGAAGGGAUGGAACUUCACAGCACUGCAUGUGUACUGUAAGGGUCUGCAGGCGUCUGAAGCUCAGCAGAUGUUUGGAGAGCUGCUUCCAGCGAUGGCACAGCUGGCACUGAGAGCGCCGAGCCUCCUCACGCAGCCGAUCCCGCUGUUGAGGACGCAGCGCUGUCGAUCCCUCACGCUGUCUCAGGAGCAGGUCUCGUGUCUGCUGGCGAACGCUUUCUUCUGCACCUUUCCUCGACGAAACUCUCGACGCAUGGAGUUCAGCAACUAUCCUGACAUCAACUUCAGCAGGUUGUUUGAAGGUUCGUCCCAGAGCAAACAAGAGAAACUCAAAACCCUCCUGUGGUACUUUAGACGGGUCACGCAGCAGAGGCCCGCCGGUCUCCUAACAUACACCAGACAGUGUCUGCAGCGUCUGCCCUCCUGGUCGAGUUCAGAAAAGCAGUUCAGCAAGCUUCGCAUCAGCUGUGACGGAAGCAUAGAAGACCAGGGCUACGGCAUGCUGCAGGUGGACUUUGCCAACCGGUUCGUUGGGGGGGGAGUGACUGGUUCUGGUCUGGUUCAGGAGGAAAUCCGUUUCCUGAUAAACCCAGAGCUCAUCGCCGCUCGGCUCUUCACUGAAGCACUGGACGAUAACGAGUGUCUGAUCAUCACAGGUGCAGAGCAGUUCAGCAGAUACUCGGGAUACUCCGAUACCUACCGCUGGGAUGGUAACCAUGACGACCAGACGCCGAGGGACGAGUGGAAGCGCAGAUGCACUGAGAUCGUGGCGAUAGACGCCCUGCAUUACAGAAACUUCCUGGAGCAGUUUCACGCUGAACACAUGAGCAGAGAACUCAACAAGGCCUUCUGUGGGUUUGUUCGUCCUGGAGUCCAGACGGAGAAUCUGUCCGCCGUCGCGACCGGUAACUGGGGCUGUGGAGCUUUCGGUGGAGACACGCGUCUGAAAGCUGUGCUGCAGAUGAUGGCGGCUGCGGAGGCGGAGCGUGAUCUGAUGUACUUCACGUUUGGUGACGCAGAUCUGCUCAGAGAUGUCCAUCACAUACACACACUGAUCACAGAUGCUUACGCCACCGUAGGAUCCGUGUUCAGUUUGCUGCUGCAGUAUUAUGAGUGUGUGUGUAAGAAAACUACAAGAGGCAAACCUCAGGAAACACUUUACUGCUUCCUCUCUGAGCGCCUCUGACCUCUGACCUCUGACCCCAGCAGCUCGGACACGCUGGGCUGUUUUCUGCACUCGAACGUCACUGUAUGUGCCUCAAUAAAGCUGUUUUAAAUGUCUGUCAGCUGUUUGUCUUUCAGUGUGCGCUGAGAGCAGAUGAAACCUGGCCCCGCUGGGCUCCGUAUCGACUGGCUGCUCGCUGGCAGAACCCAGUCUUUGUAGCGUACGGAUUUCAAACGCACAUCUGCGCUCGGUGUGUCGGGCUUCUCUCUCUUCUGCUCCCUGAAUGAGUUUGACCUUAGAAACGACGAGCUCAUACAGUCACUGAGCGUCAAACACUCGCCUGAGCUCAGCCACAGAGAAACAGACGGAUUCAAUCAUCACCUGCUUAACAGUUCUGCCCUGACAGAGAAGAUUAAUCAAGUCUUUUUAAAAGAGAAAAUCAUCUGUGAUUCCAGUCGGUUUGUCUGGAGAAGUCAACGUUGAGCUUGAUUUAGAUCUCAGUUUUUCAGAAUAAGCUGUGUGUGGAAGCAGAAUAAACGGCUGAUCUAGUGUUUAGUGUGCAGCUCUGAAGCAGAUCUGCUUCGGUGUAGAUAUGUUUAUUUUUUACGUCUGCUGCAUUAGAGAGGGUGCAUAAGUGGUAUUCAUGCCGUCUUUGCAUCAGUCAUUCAGUUAAACAGAUGAAUUCACAUUCAGUUAAACAAGUGGUGCAGAUUUAACACUGCAUGACAUCUUUAUCUGUAAUGUUUUAUCCUGCAUGUUUUUUAGUAAACAAAAUAAAUAUUAAUUUAAAAUUCCCAUUAUGAUUUAAAACAGGCAUAAUGUUUGUAUUGAAUCAGUGAAUGGAAAUUAAAAGAGAAUAAAUCGCACAAUAAUUCCAGAUUUAUAAAAUACACAUGGGCCUCGUCUUCACAGAGACUCACAUACACACUCAGAGAUUUAGAAAUAUUAACAAACAGAGACAUUACAAUCUGUGAUUUAUUAGUGAAUCUCCACAGACACUCCUGCUCUCUCUGAUCCUGAUCCGUGUUUCUCUGAGACCGCAGGACUGAUGAACAAUCGUGAAUAAGCUGAGACGCGUUCUCUUGUUGUGAAGUGUGUGUGAACAGAAGAGGAGCGACACCGUAUUUACCC